AUGGCUCUUAGUUUGAGCGAGGGUAGACGUCGACUGGCUUCUGGGAGAAGAUAUGUCUCGUCGGAGCACGGUGACCGUCGUGUUAUCUCUACAGCCUCGACAACAGGCCCCCGAAGUCCUGUCAAGGGCAGAAGCAUUGCUCCAUUUCUGGGAUCGACUCGACGAUCAUCACGGACAGGGUCGCCCCAGCAAGAAUUUUCUACCGUUUCGUAUGCGCCAGGAGAACAAACACAGAAAGCGCCCACCGAACCAGCUUCUGCAGGACCAAGCGGGGACUCAGAUGUCGACAUGGAAUUUGCCGAGCACAUCUCACCCGCUACAGCCGCUCGAGUCGAGAAGGCCAAAGAGUACUUCGAGCUUGCUUACGAACACCGUCGCUUGCUACCGCACUUGCCUCCGAUUCGCAAACCGGGAACUCGGCCUCGAUACCCCGGACCUGAAGCAUUCCAAAAGGCAUACAAUCCUCUGCAAUAUGUCAGAAACCGGAAGCUUCGCAUUUGGGAGAAGACACCGAUCGAUAGUGAAGCAGAGGGAUGGCAUGACGUGCCCAAGGUGCGGGCCUGGGUCGAUGCUGUGGCCUCAAGUCAUCCAGAAACACAACAUGAUCCGGUUGAGUGUGUCCGCCUGCCUCCCUUCAACCAACAUGAUGAGAGUCCGGACAAAGACGAAUCUAGUCCUUCGCCGAACGACGCAAGGAGCAGCGGUCCGGCGGCUCGAAUAUCGGAUCAAUUUCAUGCCCGGCCGAUACGGCCACGAUCAGAUUGGGUCACGCAUCCAGCCGAUUUGCUAGCUGAUGCGUACUGGUUAGAGCAAGGCAUGAACAAAACCAAAAUUCUGGACCGUGACAACAACCUGAUUUAUCCUCCGAACACACAAUUUAAAUUUUCAGGUUGGAGGAACACCACGCCUGUCGAUGUUCCAAUCACAUUGCAACAACCUUCACCUCCUCCAGAGCGAGAGAACGAUAUAGCACAGGAUCCACCGCCGUCGGCUCUACCUGAACUGCCAACAUUUACUUCCGCCCACCAAGCACACAAGCAUUCCCGUCACGGUCGGCGAAGAGGCAAACUCAAGGAUGCCUUACAAGUCAAAGACUCAAGCAGUUCCAGAGAGCACUCUCGCUUACGCCGGAGGUUGUUCCAAGACAGCAGCGAGUCUGACUCAUCAGAGUCGUCCUCGGCGGCCGAAGGGAUCGGUGAACGCGGACGCAAGCGGCUCCGGCGUAAACGACUUGAAUCCUCGGGCGCUGAAGGGUUGCAGGACCAAAACAACCACAUCCUACCUAAUCAAUCCCCACAAGCAUUCAAACUGUCUCAGGGUGAUACAAGUCAAGGGUCGUCCGCGCCGACGUCCAAACGUUCCUCAGUCGACCAUACUGCUCUUAACAAGCUUUUCGGGAAGGAUGGUCUCAUAAAAGCAUCGCCCUUGACUCGGUCCCGGGAUAGAUACGAAUCCCCCCAGCGAGGUUCAUCAAAGCCAGUGGGACGCUCUAGCCUCGAAAAUGAAGCGCUACCUCGUGCAUCUACCGAUUAUGACACGACUACUGCUCCCAACUCACCCAACGGAGUCGAAUGGCCAAGUAUUGCCAUUAAUCUUUCACCGCCACCAAGCAGAAACGUCUCGCCCUCUGGAAAAGCCCGAUCCAGCGUAUUACACCCCUUCCACCGCAAACAUCACAAAGAUCGAAGUCAAGUCAGUAGCACUGAUUUUGCUCAUGUUCCGUCGAAUAGUACUCCACAAUAUCAGGGCAGCGAUGUGGAAAAGCAUUCGGAAAGCGCCAACUCCCACUCGCGGGGAACCAGUCCGAUGACCCAGGGACUGAGGCCUUCUUCUACAAACCCAUUACAGCCUACACAAACAGACCGACUGACGGUGCAACCAUCCAAUGAACAGUGGUCGAAUGCAACUAGCAAGGUUAGCACCCGUUCUACGGGUGCUAGUGACCAUUCAAAGGUCCGAGGGAUUUUCAAAGGGGGCAGAAUUGCAGAGCUAGUGGGCAACGAAGUAUCCCGAGUAGGCGGAUUUAUCUGGAAACGUGAUGCACCAUCACCGUAUAGACACAAAGGUACGGCGUCGACGACUAGUCUUCGUUCGUACAAGGGCUCCGACUCGGACAGAGACCUUUCUCAAAAUGGUGCAGUAUCGAAGAGCCCAAUGACGAAGAUACGAUCCCGGUCAUCAACCAUUUCGAGCACAAAAAGCGAACGUCUUUCGCCAGUCUCAACAACCAAGGCCAGCCCACCAGCUAACGGCCAGCCUCGAUACAACAACCCCAACCUUCCGAGCUUCACAUCCCCUUUUCAAAAGGACAAGGCAGAACAAGAAAAGAAGCAGGCACUUUUGUCUGCCGAGACAGAAGAUCACAUCUCCCGCCUUGCUGCCGAGCACCGCUCAGCAUCACAUUCGCCACGACUCGACCGUAUACCUUUACCAAAGAUAGACACGGGAGGAGCAAAAACACCCACUGUGCCCGACGGAUUGAGCAGAGCAAAGAGUUACGGGUUUGGAGGAGCCCUCGAUCUCAGCAGGCCACGCGAUGCGUCUGGGUUGCUUAACACAGCUAUCAACAUGCCGCCACUACGCGCCAGCAGAUCUGCGGGAGAUCUCGCAACACAAAUGGGAAGUAGAGGACCCGAGACGUCAGCACUGGAACCAGGUGGUACCGAGUCGUCUUCCUCUGGCGAAGUCUCAUGGCGGGAGAUCAGCCGUGCCGAAGCCUUGCUGUACAGUUCUACCGUCAAAGCCAGGGAAAUCGGCCGCCGCGCAGAGGACGAGGACAUGGAGCUGCCCAAGUACAUUGUCGACUGUUUGACGCCCGAAGACCGGGCGGUGCAUGCCGAAAGUCCGUUCCGGAUCAAGAAGCGCGAACGGCACAUCGUGGCCGCCCAGAGCAUCAUGAAACAGCUGGACAGGCACUCUGUGACCUUUAGCGACAAGUUGAAUUGGUUUACCUCCUCGAUGGCCCCGGGUCUGCAUACUCAGCUGCAAACGCUCGAGGAUAUGGUGGAAAACACCAUGACGCCCCGCGUUCGGCUUGCUGCCGACAAGGCUGGCGAGUUGAGCAUGAAACUCACGACCACAAGCACGCUUGCCGUCAAAGAGUUGAACGAUUCUAUCGAUGCCGCUUUCCGCAGGAGACGGAGGGGUCCUAUCAGGCUUGUGCGUCGCAUCUGGUUCGCCGGUAUCGAGUGGACCGUCGUCGGGCUGUUGUGGUUCAUCUGGGCUGUCGUGUCGCUGAUCCAGUUGGUCCUAGGCGUCACUAGAGGCUUUGUCACCGUGGUCAAAUGGCUGCUGUGGAUCAUAUAA